UCCUGUUUUGACCUCGCCUCUCUUUUCUCGUUUCUCGUCAUGUGUUUGCGGAGUUGUACGGUGAGAAGAAAGUCACGGGAUGUAUCGGCAAUUAUUUAAUCCUAUUAAAAUUCAACGGUAAUUAUGCUGUGAUGGCUUUGCGAUGGCAGAAAGAGUGGAUUCCCCUCGUCUCGCAGCAGAUGAGGGUCCGCAAUCUCACGCAAAUUUUGGCCUACAACCUCUACCCAGAAUCAUUACAAGAAUGCGGCGAGAGACCCAAGUUUUUCUUCACCCUCCACUUGACUAGCAAGAGUGCUCCGUUCUACACAAGCGACCAUGCCACAGGACCGAAUCCUCGAUGGAUAGAAAUUGAUUUCAAGGACAAAGCUGGUCUCUCUAGCUCUAGUUUUGUAAUUUGCAUUUGGCAAGUUGGUUUGCCAGACAAGCUAAUUUUCACCUGGGGCGUGUGUCUCUCAGGCCUUCAACUUGCACCCCUGGACCAAGACCUGAGCAAAGUUUCUAGCACCAAAACUCUUGUUUUCUUCAUUCACGGCUAUCGAUUUGUUCCUCCUACCAAGGACCAAAUACUUAUGAGGCUGGCUUCGGCCACUGUUAAUUCUAAUGAUGUAAAAUUAUCUUACCCUGUCAACCAGUUAAGGAGGCUAAAGACUUAUCAGUUCAAGCUGGCUGAGGAAACUGCUGUGUGUGAGAGCUUGGGGCAAGAAGUUCAAAGAUUAGGGCCAUUUCCUCCGUCUGUGUCACCUGUCGUUGCAGCGGGAAAUAGAUAUCACUACCACCAGCUGCAGCAGCUAUGUGAAAAUUUGAGACUAAAAAUGAGACUUCUUAAAGAAGAAAAGUCAAGAAAAGAGAAACAGGUGGAAGAGUUAAAGAGUGUCGCUCACAAGUUAGCUGUUGCAACUGAACUGAAAAGAGCAAACCUGCAAAAGACUGUAAAGUCUCUUGAAGAGAGUUCCAGCUUAGAAGACUCAAAACUUCUACUUUCACAAGUAAAGGAGACGACUACUCAGACCUGGUCUAAGCUUGUGCAGCGCAGACAAGAACUGAUUUCACAGCUGAAGUAUAUUUAUCCAAUUUCAAUUGAUCCAGAGGGCCUUGCAAAAAUAUGCGGGGUUAAACUUUUGCGGUCUGAUGAACUGAAUAGCCAAGAUGAAGCGUCUUCCUCUGUAGCACUUGGGUUUGCUGCCCAUGCAACUGUGAUGGUUGCAAGUUUCUUAGAUGUGCCUCUCCGUUAUCCCAUUCAACCUGCUGGUUCUCGAGCCAAAAUAUGGGAUGUAGUGGCAUCAAAGUUGCCUGAUUCUGAACGAGAGUUUCCGCUCUUCCUAAAAGGCCGGGAUGCAAUUCAGUUUUAUUAUGCCGUCUAUCUUCUUAAUAAAAACAUAGCUCAACUAAAAUACUACACCGGCUUCAGCAUAAGAGACCUGAGAACCACUCUUCAUAAUCUUAGGGAGCUUCUCUACAUGAAAUCAGUAAUGCCACAUAUGAAAAAUUCAAACUCGACUUCUAGUAUUGAAGCUGCCAUGCCUGCCCGCAGUCUAAAGAGUGCUCCUGUUACAAGUAGUGCUGAAGAGGAGCAGCUUCCUAAACGAAACAGACUGGCGGUUGAGGAACAUAUUAAAAGUGCCAGCUCAAUGGAAAGCGUAGACAACUGCUUUUUGGAGCCUCCUUCCCAAGCUCCUCUAUCAAAAGACAAGGAAUCUGCAACGCAUUGCUCUCUCGACGAAGGUUUAGACAUCAUGAGUGAGACAACUAGCUCAUUCAGCAUGCACAGCAAGAUAGCCAACAACUCGGAUCCAAAUCUUCGACAAGCCGCUUUGAAGGGCAACACAUUUUCUCCCAAAGAGGCCGUGAGUAAUCCUCAGAUACAAAAUAUUUCUACCGUGGUGAAAUUGCGAACUCAAAGCGAAUGUGUGGCUCCCAAAUCUGAAGUUUCGAAAGAAAAACUUCCAACUUGCAACUCUCUAGACAAUCUCUUUGCGAACGUAGCCAACCGAACGGAAGCCCUGGCCAGCAAAUCGGGCAGCUUUAAUCUAGUGAAAUCGAGACCCGUGGAGAAGUCUUGAUGUACUUUUAAAUUCCAAUAUUGUUAUUUCGUACUGCCUGUGAUCACCAUUGGUUUGUGAUUUAAUUUGUAUGAAAAGUAACUAGGCAUGAAAACAGAAUGAUAUCAUUGUGCGUAACGUGAACAUUGCUCUAUAAUUUAUCACUGGAUUCAUUAACAGCGUAAAAUCAGUCCCAAAAUCCUAAUAAACUUAUGUUAUGAAAAUGCGUUAA